CUGGGCGUGGGCAGCCUCCGCAUGUGAGCGGGGAGCCGGCGGCCAGCCCCGGAGCCAUGUACUCCGGGAACAGCAGCGGCGCCAGCAGCAGCCAAGCGCCCGGCCCGGGGCAGCAGCAGCAGCGGGAGGACCUGCCCCUCUUCAGCCCCAGCACCUACGAGCUCCUGGCGCUGCUCAUCGCCACCAUCGGCAUCCUGGGCUUGUGCAACAACCUGCUGGUGCUGGUGCUGUACUACCGCUUCCAGCGGCUGCGCACCCCCACCAACCUCUUCCUGCUCAACAUCAGCCUCAGCGACCUGCUGGUCUCGCUCUGCGGGGGCACCCUCACCUUCGUGUCCUGCCUCCGCAGCCGCUGGGUCUGGGACGCGCCCGGCUGCCUCUGGGACGGGUUCAGCAACAGCCUCUUCGGAAUUGUUUCCAUCAUGACCCUUACCGUUCUUGCCUACGAGCGCUACAUUCGAGUCGUUCAUGCAAAAGUGAUUGAUUUCUCUUGGUCCUGGAGGGCCAUCACCUACAUCUGGUUGUACUCGUUAGCUUGGACAGGAGCGCCCCUUCUAGGCUGGAACAGAUAUACACUGGAGAUACAUGGACUGGGUUGUUCAGUGGACUGGCGGUCAAAAAACCCCCGUGAUGCCUCCUUUGUGCUCUUUUUCUUUCUUGGUUGCCUAGUGGCACCUGUGGGGAUCAUGGCCUAUUGCUAUGGCCAUAUUCUAUAUACAAUAAGAAUGCUUCGCUGUGUUGAAGAUUUUCAGACCAUUCAAGUGAUCAAACUCCUAAGAUAUGAAAAGAAAGUGGCUAAAAUGUGUUUUUUAAUGAUCUCCACAUUCCUUAUCUGUUGGAUGCCUUAUGCAGUGGUCUCCCUUUUAGUAGCUUCUGGCUACGGCAACCUUGUAACUCCAACAGUGGCUAUUAUCCCAUCUUUCUUUGCCAAAUCAAGCACUGCAUAUAAUCCAGUCAUCUACAUCUUCAUGAGCAGAAAGUUUCGACGAUGCCUUUUGCAGCUCUUGUGCUUUCGCCUGCUAAGAUUCCAGAGGACCGUGAAAGAAAUACCAGUGUUAGGGAAUGAAAAGCCAAUAAGACCAAUAGUUAUGUCCCAGAAAGCUGGGGACAGGCCAAAGAAGAAAGUGACUUUUAGCUCUUCCUCAAUCAUUUUUAUCAUCACUGGUGAUGACACCCAGCAAAUGGACAACAGCAGCAAACACAAUGGCACGAAAGUAAAUGUGAUCCAAGUAAAGCCACUAUAGGGACUAAGCUACAACGUGUGUCAGAACCUGAAUGGACUUUAGCCAGUUAAACUGUUUGGUCAUCUUCUUUGAUGAUAGUGUAAUGAAGAAAGCACUGUCCUUCAGCUGCGAAAUACUGAAGCAAUUCAGUGGGUGAAACUCUGAACAAUUUAAUCAUGGUAACCGUAUAGAAAUCUUUACAUUUGUACCCAACAUGUUGCUGGACUCUGAAUUUUUUUAAAACAUGAUUAAUCAGCAUUCCUUGCACCAUAGACUUACCUGGGAAAUGCAGGGAGUUUCAGAAGUAGGACUUGGGUUUGCUGACAAGAAUCUGAUCUUGACAAAAAAAAGUUGACUUUCAAAUUGCCCCCUCUACAGUCAGACACAGUACAAAGCCAGUAGAAAAUUGCCCCCUUUGUUUAGUCAAAGUUGUCCUGUUGUUGUUUUGGUGCUACUCAUUAGGUGCCCGUAACCACUUUGAGAGGUGUUCCGGAGAAAUAAAAAUAUAUAUUUUUAGAAAAAGGAAAUAAAGGGACUGGUGAAGAGAUGACAAAAAGGAGAGUAUCAGAAAUUUUACACACCACUACAUCCUGCUUUAGUUUAAAAAACCCAACCAAACAAAAAACAAAUAGAGGAAAAUAUAGAUUAGCAGGGACUGAAAACCAAACCAAACUCAUACACACAUUUAUCAUUACAUGGAACAGAGGCCCUGACUACUUUUUGAAAAUUAAAUCUGCUGUGAUAUUUGUGUGAGAGUAGCAGGUGUCAACCCAGCUGCUUCUGCUUAAAUUUCAAAUCUGAGUAAUAACUUUUCCUUCUUAAAAUACACUCAGCAGAACAGUUACAGAAGUUACUCUGUACUUACCUUCGUAAAAAGUCACGGGAAUUAUUGCUGGCAAAAAAUAGUUGCAGAGCUGCACUCCAGAGGUAGCUGCAUUUCAGCAGUAGACAAGUAAUUCCUAUGUUUUUUGGCUAGAAUCAACACAUGGGGCUUGAGUCUCCUCUCCACAACAUUAGUUUUACACCAGUGAACUGUAUAUAAAUCAAUGGAAUUUCACUGAUGUGUAAUGGAAUAGAGAAUCAGGCCCAUAGACUCCUUGGGUGGGUGUUGUUUUAGGCCACCCCUUCAGCACUUGCUGCCGAUAGGGCAAUAUGGAGCCCCAAGUAUAACUUGCAGCUGCUCCAUUCUGAUGGAAACUGGAGGAAAAGCAGACAGUGGGGCAAAGGGACCAGGCUGUACACCUGUCUGCACUAACAAGAGUUGAUCUGGCCUGAAAGAAUUAAGCUCUCAAAAAAAAUCAAUAGGGACCAGAAACAAAAGUUCUCAGCGGGAGCCUGAUCCUUGGAGAUACUGACUGAACUCCACUCACAUUAAAGUGACUGACCCAGUCCCCUCCCUUUCCUCUUUCAAGAAGGUAAUGACAGGUGGUACUAGCUUUGAGCAGUCCUUGAACUCCUCAGACACAAGAUUGAGAUUUUUUUUCUUGCACCUAUGCAGGGGUGCAGUGGCAUGAAGUACCUUGUACACACACCCCUCUAAUGCAUCUGCACUGGUAAUCUGGCUCUAUAUGCAAUGUUUUAAAUACACACACAAGAGUAUAUAAGCAGUAGUUCAUCUAGGAAAGAACACAGGUGAAACACUUGCCUACUUCCCUCCCCCAAUAGGCAUUGAUUUGAGCUGUUUCAUGAAUUCAGAUACAUUUCCUUAAUGUAGGUUAUCAGUUUCCAUGUCCAGGACCCCUUUUUCCCCCACCAAUGAUCACUACUUAUGCACAUUUGUUUUUACCAAAGAGAAAGAAAUGCACCAGAAAUCCAUAUAAAUUACCAUCCUUUCACAGAAUGGUAUACGUGUGAUAUUUUAGCAUUUUAUGUAUCUUGAGCCUUUUAUGAAAGAUUAAAUUUACCUUAUUUAUAGUACAUUAAAUUAUGGUCAAGUAUUUUCUCCUUUUGAGAAGAAAAUGGCUCUUAGUACCACCUACUGGACAAAUCUAGAGUUUCUGAGGAACUGACAACAAUAGCAUUUCAGCUUUUGGACAUAACCAUUUUGCUUUUUGCCCUGUUGAAAUUGCACAGAAAGCUACUGAUUUAUUUUA